AUGCAACUAACAACUCGGGAUUGACUUUGAAGCCUUCUCACAUAGACUACAAUACCCAAUACCCAAUACUCGAUACUACAAUGACAGAAAUGGCUCGCUCAAUUGCGCCACAAAACCUUCCAGAGCUUGUGAAAGCUGCUUUCGACGCGGCUCGUACUAAUGGUGAUUUGACGUACUAUCCGACCCAAGUUGCCAUUUUAACACCUAAUUCCAUUCCUUUCCAACUUCGAUUCUCGCCAUCCUUGGCGUUGAAACCCAAGGCUCCGAAACCCAAAGAGCCUCAUGGAAAGCCGUUCAAUGCCUUCGAAAACCCCUCCCCCAACAUGCUUAUUGCCGACAUACCGCCAUCCCAUCGGCUUGUGCUGAAUAGAUUCGCAGUCGUGCCAGAACACUUCAUCAUAAUUACCAGGGAGUUCAAGCCCCAGACGCAUAUUCUGGAGGAGGCCGAUAUAGCCGCGACGUUCGCUUGUAUUCAGGCCUACCGUAAUAACGGACAGGAGCUAUUCGCAUUCUUCAAUUCGGGCCCACAUUCUGGUGCUAGCCAGCCGCAUCGCCAUCUGCAGCUUCUCCCUGUCGAACGGAUGAAAGAUGGGUUAGAGGGUGUAGAUAGGGGCAGCGAAUGGAGUAUCCUGGCGGAAAGGGUCGCCGAGUCUGAGAAAACACUGCCGUUUAACGUCUUUGCAACAAAUAUGCAUUCGGACAUGACCGCCAAGGAGAGGCAUAGUGCAUACCUAGAGCUUUAUAGAAAAGCGGUUAAGGCUAGCUUCCCAGACGGGGAGGCCAACAGCGAAGGUGAGGCCAUGAUCAGCUAUAAUUUCGCAAUGACGAGCAACUCCCUGGCCCUCUGUCCCAGGACGGCAGAGGGCGUAAUGAUCAAAGACAAAUCGGGCCAAGAUGUUGGUGUAGUAUCUCUCAACGGGACUGUCUUAGCCGGCACAGCUCUCGUCAAGAACCAGGCCGAAUGGGAUGUUUUAAGAGAAGACCCCGACCAGUUGCUCGACGUCCUUAAAGGGAUUGGCUUACCCCAUUAGCAAAUAUCAACGAUAUCAACGAGCAGACAUCUGGGAGUAGACCCCGAAUAGGACUAGCCAGAUGGCUACGGCUUUGAAAUCAUAUAUUUUUCAUUUGGUGAUAGGACCAGCUUUGGUAUCCCAACGUUGACAUCAAAUUCUAGAUACCAGCACACAUAGUUCAGCCCAGCCAGCAUACUUGUGAUAGCCAGGGCAAACACCCAAAUAAGUUCAUUUCA